AGGAAGCGGAAAGCAGCAGUGCGGCGGCGGCGGCGGCGGGGCUCUGCCUCUACAGGAGCCCAGCGCAGGCCGCAGAGCCGGGGCCGCUGUGAGCCAAGACCGCGGGCCGCGGAGCCCGCACGGCCGACGCGGAGAAUUUGUUCCUAUUGAAGUGUGCCGCCUCCUGUGAUUCGCAGACUCCUUGAGCUUUUAGGAGUCCAGUAGGUGACCAUCUCUACCUCUAAGGAGAAACAGUACCUGCUCCUCCAUCAAGCUGAGCUCUCCAUUGCUAUGGAUACUGAAUCCACGUAUUCUGGGUAUUCUUACUAUUCAAGUCAUUCGAAAAAAUCUCACAGACAAGGGGAGAGAACUAGAGAGAGACACAAAUCACCCCGGAAUAAAGAUGUCAGAGCAUCAGAAAAAUCUGUCACCAUUCAAGCUCCCACAGGAGAGCCUCUGUUGGCAAAUGAUUCCACUCGGACAGAAGAAGUUCAGGAUGACAACUGGGGAGAGACCACCACGGCCAUCACAGGCACCUCCGAGCACAGCAUAUCCCAGGAGGACAUUGCCAGGAUCAGCAAGGACAUGGAGGACAGCAUGGGGCUGGACUGCAGGCGCUACCUGGGCCUCACCAUCGCCACCUUUCUUGGACUUCUGGUUUUCCUCACCCCCAUCGCCUUCAUCCUGUUACCCCAGAUCCUGUGGCGGGAUCAGCUGGAGUCUUGCGGCACCAUUUGUCAGGGGCUCUUCAUCUCCAUGGCGUUCAAACUCCUCAUCCUGCUCAUUGGGACCUGGGCGCUCUUUUUCCGCAAGCAGAGAGCUGACAUGCCCCGCGUGUUUGUGUUCCGUGCCCUUUUGUUGGUCCUCAUCUUUCUCUUUGUGGUUUCCUAUUGGCUUUUUUAUGGGGUCCGAAUUUUGGACUCUCGGGACCGAAAUUACCAGGGCAUUGUGCAGUACACAGUCUCCCUCGUGGACGCGCUCCUCUUCAUCCACUACCUGGCCAUCAUCCUGCUGGAGCUCCGGCAGCUGCAGCCCAUGUUCACGCUGCAGGUGGUGCGCUCCACUGACGGCGAGUCCCGCUUCUACAGCUUGGGACACCUGAGUAUUCAGAGAGCAGCAUUGGUGGUUCUGGAAAAUUACUACAAAGAUUUCAGCAUUUAUAACCCAAAUCUCCUAACACCCUCCAAAUUCCGAGCAGCCAAGCACAUGGCUGGGCUGAAAGUCUACAAUGUAGAUGGCCCCAGUAACAACGCCACAGGUCAGUCCCGGGCGAUGAUCGCUGCAGCCGCUCGCCGCAGAGACUCAAGCCACAACGAGCUGUAUUACGAAGAGGCCGAGCAUGAGCGGCGAGUGAAGAAGCGAAGAGCAAGGCUGGUGGUGGCAGUGGAGGAGGCCUUCAUCCACAUCCAGCGUCUCCAGGCCGAGGAGCAGCAGAAGGCCCCGGGGGAGGUGAUGGACCCCAGGGAGGCCGCCCAGGCUAUCUUCCCGUCCAUGGCCAGGGCGCUGCAGAAGUACCUGCGCACCACGCGCCAGCAGCACUACCACAGCAUGGAGAGCAUCCUGCAGCACCUGGCCUUCUGCAUCGCCAACAGCAUGACCCCCAAGGCCUUCCUGGAACGUUACCUCAGCGCGGGCCCCACUCUGCAGUAUGACCGGGACCGCUGGCUGUCCACGCAGUGGAGGCUUGUCAGUGAGGAGGCUGUGACCAGUGGAUUACGGGAUGGGAUUGUUUUUGUCCUUAAAUGCUUGGACUUCAGCCUCGUGGUCAGUGUGAAGAAAAUCCCGUUCAUCUUACUCUCUGAAGAGUUCGUCGACCCCAAAUCUCACAAAUUUGUCCUUCGCUUACAGUCUGAGACGUCAGUUUAAAAGUUCUAUAUUUGUGGGUUUAU